AUGGCCAACCUGGCAUCAACAUACAUGAAUCAGGGACGAUGGAAGGAAGCAGAAGAGCUGGGGGUGCAGGUGAUGGAGCUCCGCAAGCAAGUACUGGGGCCAGAGCAUCCACACACUCUCACCAGCAUGGCCAUCCUGGCAUCAACAUACACGAAUCAGGGACGAUGGAAGGAAGCAGAAGAGCUGGAGGUGCAGGUAAUAAAGCUCCGCAAGCAAGUACUGGGGCCAGAGCAUCCAGACACUCUGACGAGCAUGAACAAUCUGGCCUGCACAUGGAAACUAUUAGGAAAGGUCGAAGACGCCUUAGCCCUGAUGGAAAAGUGUGCAGAGCUCCGCCGUAAAUUGCUGGGCCCAGAUCACCCGCAUGCCAUAUCUUCCUCUAAUGCUCUUAGCAACUGGGAAAUAGCAGUGAAUUCCCUGUUAAAGAAGCCAACGCAGCAAACUUCACCCGAAGCCUCUCCUACCUUGCCCAUCCACAAUCAUCCUCCCAAACAGAUGAAAUCAGACUCCGAACCUGUCACAGGCGGCAAACGACGGGCAUUGGUAAGGUUUUUCCGGAGACGAUAA